CUUCCGUAAUAGGAAAGUAUACAUUUUGAAUGCACUGCCAGAAGAGGCAUCAUAAGAUGCCGUUGUUUAGGCAUUGUCUGUUGGUCGACGGUCAAGUUUGGUUGAUGCAAGAGGAGCUGGAUUUGUCAACCUUCUCAGAGGACUGAGAAUGGGGCUUGAUUGGUGGUGGACCUGGUGGUAUAUCAAUAACAGAAAGCUGUUCAACUGAAUUAACAAAUGAUGAAGCCGCGAAUUUAAUGGAAGAGGGCUGGAAACUAGAUAUAAUACUCUACGUUUCUCCCGGAAUCCUCGGCCAGCGUAACAGCAAAUUUUAUUGACUCAUAACCGAAGAAUUAGACUCGUAUGGCCCAAAUACCGUCCAUUCCCAGCGUGGCGUUUAAGUAUCCACCGCAUGGGUCUUGGUGCAGGAUAAAACCGCAUGCCAUCUGGCUGAUAUGAUUUAUGCAGCCUUGAGUCGAUAUAUCAUAGUUGCAUUGAUAAAAUUCAGUUGAACUCAAGAUGAUUAUCAUCAGGACUUAUGGUACGUUGGUAAAUAAUUCAUCACUACAAGGACAAAAGUAUCUGGACCCUAACUUUGGUUUAUCUAUGCCUUUUGCGGCACACGUAUUGUCUCGAGUAUGUGGAAGAGACAAGAAUGGACUAGAUGGGAUUAUUUAAUUCGAUGUUCUAGGGAAAACAAUGGUGGAAGAAGACUUUGCUUAUUCGUAUAAUCCAUUCAAUCCUUGUCGUCAAAUUGACACAUGGCCUGAUGAAUUAUUAUACUAUGAUAACACGAAGCAUAGUUCUUCGAAAUUGAGCUCUUGAAUUUUUUCAUCUUCGUUGAUCGAGAUGAGCAAGUCAGUGGCCGAUAAACCUCAUGCAGUGUGCAUCCCAUAUCCAGAGCAAGGGCACACGUUGCCUCUUCUGCAAUUAGCCAAGCUUCUCCAUUCAACUGGUUUCCACAUAACCUUUGUCAUCCCCGAGUUCUAUCACGACCACAUAAAACAGUCCCAUGGACCUAAUUUCGUGAAAGGCUUGUCCGAUUUUCAAUUCCGGACCAUACCAGACGGGUUGCCUCCAUCUGAACGUAAAGCCUCCCCAGAUGUUCCGACGCUCUGUGAUUCAACUAGGAGAAAUCUUUUGAACCCAUUCAAACAGUUGGUGGCUGGGUUGAAUUCUUCGGUGGAGGUGCCUUCAGUGACUUGUAUAAUUGCUGAUGGGGUCUUGAGCUUUGCUAUAAAAGCUGCUGAGGAGCUGGGGAUUCCAGAGAUUCAGUUUUGGACUGCUUCUGCUUGUGGCUUCAUGGGGUAUCUGCAUUUUGAUGAGCUUGUUCGAAGAGGAAUUUUGCCGUUCAAAGAUGAAACAUUUUUGAGUGAUGGUUCACUUGACACUUCCGUCGAUUGGAUCCCGGGAAUGAAAAACAUCCGCCUGAGAGACCUCCCAAGCUUCAUCAGAACUACAAACAUAGAUGACACAAUGUUUGAUUUCAUGGGGUCGGAAGCCCGAAACUGCAUGAGAUCUUCUGCUAUCAUCUUCAACACAUUCGACGAGCUUGAACAUGAUGUGUUAGAAGCAAUUUCAGCAAAGUUUCCCCAAAUAUACACAAUUGGUCCCUUAUCCUUGCUAAGCAGAGAAGCUACUGAAAGCCAUUUGAAGCCAUUAAGGUUGAGUGUGUGGAAGGAAGACCAGCAAUGCCUGGAGUGGCUCGAUACACAGGCCCCCAAAUCUGUUGUAUAUGUAAGUUUUGGCUGCAUAACCACGAUAACAGACCAAAAGUUACGAGAAUUUGCAUGGGGACUGGCAGAGAGUAAGCAGUCAUUUUUGUGGGUACUGAGGCCUGACAUGGUAUUGGGUGAUUCCGCUAUUUUACCUGAAGAUUUCUUAGAAGAGACGAAGAACCGGGGAUUUCUAACAAGUUGGUGUCCGCAAGAGCAAGUUCUGGCACACCCAUCGGUUGGGGCUUUUUUGACUCACUGUGGUUGGAAUUCUACUUUGGAAGCCUUAUGUGGGGGUGUGCCAUUGAUUUGCUGGCCAUUCUUUGCAGAUCAACAACCAAAUACUCGAUAUGCUUGCGUCAAUUGGGGGAUUGGCAUGGAAUUGAACAACGACGUAAGACGCAUAGACAUUAUAGCAAUUCUGAAGGAAAUUAUGGAAGGAGGCAAAGGCACGGAGUUGCGGCAAAAUGCUGUUGAGUGGAAAAAGAGAGCAGAUAAAGCAACUGCUAUCGGUGGUUCAUCCUAUAGUAAUUUCAAUAGGUUGAUUAAGGAACUCUUUCAUGCUAGGUAGUUAGCUUAUGCUAAUUAGUCAUGAAGAGAAAAACACUGCAGAGGUUAGUUUAUAUUUGCCGUUGGAUUACGAUCCAGAUUUUUCACGCUUUGCACGCAACCAAUUGUUUUUGCAAAUGGGGAAUGUUCAUUUCAUUGCCCUUACGCUCAGUACAGUGCAUUGAAAAAUGUAAACAACAGCGAAUGUGUUGUCACGAGGCCAUUACAUUGGUCUCAUUUUCGUAACAAUUGAAUGUAGGUUUGGAAAUCUUCCUCUUCUUUCAUAACCACUUGUGUAAAUUCGAGAUACUUUCACAAUUUUUCUUUUAUACUAAAAAUGUUUCAAAAU